GCCGUCCGGGACCCAGUAAAAUUUUGACGAUAUUCUAGAUGUUCCUAGAAGCUCUCCGGAUCGUGAUCCGCUUUCUUGCCGAUUGAAAACGGAGCUUCCUCGCCUGCCAGCAUCUUUCCCCGACUUUUCUCCUGCCAGACCCAUCACUUCCUCGAACCAACGCAAUACUUUCGGUUGUACUCCCCUCCCCAGUCAACACCCGACUCCUUCACAAUGGUGAGUGGACCCCUCCUGCUGCCCGAUGACGCUACCCGGAGCUCGAGCGGGAGCUCUCGGCUCGACGUCGCAGAAGCUGACACGCACCAAUGCCGCCCGAACCCCUCACCAUCCGACCGAGUGCAGAUACACUGACUUUUACCUACCACAGGCCACCUCGUUCCGCAGCAUCAAGGCGCUUGUCCCGCUCCUCGACCGUGUGCUCGUGCAGCGUGUCAAGGCCGAGGCCAAGACUGCCAGCGGCAUCUUCCUUCCCGAGUCGAGCGUCAAGGAGCUCAACGAGGCCAAGGUCCUCGCCGUCGGCCCCGGCGCCCUCGACCGUGACGGCAAGCGCGUCCCCAUGGGCGUCAACGCCGGCGACAAGGUCCUCAUUCCUCAGUACGGCGGUUCGCCCGUCAAGGUUGGCGAGGAGGAGUACCACCUCUUCCGGGACAGCGAGUAAGUCUUGCCACCGUUCAUUGUUGUGCGAAAACCAGCAAUGGACUGACACAACACCUUACAGGAUCCUGGCCAAGAUCAACGAGU